AUGGCUGCAUCUUCUGCAGAUAAUGACCUCAUAAACUUCGACAUCAUAGAGAUACACAAAGAAAACAUCCAAUCGCUGCCCGGUGGACGAUCAGCACGACAACUAGCAUCCAUUCUGUCACCUUUGUCUUCCGGAAGCACGGCUGGCAGCUUGAAGUUGAAGAAUGCUCCAACUUUGGAUGAGACAAAGACUCUGAACGACGCCAUUCGACAGGAGUACGAAGUUGAGCUGCAAUCAAUAGCAGACUCCGAUGACCCUCUAGACAUCUACGAUCGAUACGUCAAAUGGACACUCAAUGCAUAUCCUUCCGCCCAAGCAACACCGCAGUCGCAAUUACUUCCUCUACUCGAGCGUGCGACGAAAGCAUUUCUCACCUCCUCACAUUACAAGAACGAUCCCCGAUAUCUGAAGCUUUGGUUGCACUACAUUCGACUAUUCUCCGACACUCCUAGAGAGACUUUUGCAUUUCUUGCUCGACAUAGCAUCGGCGAAGGACUUGGUCUAUUCUAUGAAGAGUUUGCCUCCUGGCUAGAAGGCGCCGACAGAUGGCUUCAAGCGGACGAAGUCUACAAGUUGGGCAUUCAACGAGAAGCCAGACCUGCAGAGCGGUUACUGCGAAAGUACAAUCAGUUCCAACAGAGAUAUGAGACGCGUCCUCAUUCAGCGGAUGAACCAAGCUCUCCAGCGCUUCCAACGGUCCGUCCAGCUCUGGCAGCUAAAAUUGAUCCAUUCGCAUCUGCACAUCGGGACGAAGAGCCUCACGCACAACGUCAGCAAAGUGGGGCAAGCGGAACUGGUGCAUCCUCGCGAUCAGGCAAGCCUAAAAUGGCAAUCUUUUCAGAUGCUGAUAGUGCGGCAUCGGCUGCUGCACCAUCAACCUCUAGAACCACCAAAGGCUGGGACUCAAUCGGCUCGAUGAAGGAGCGGAAGAAAGAAAACACUGUUGAAGCGCGGCCUUGGGCAGGAGAGACACUGAAGGCUGGCAAGAAGGUGGGCGCAGCAGCAAAGAUGGAUAUUUUCAAAGAUCCGAAUGAAUCACAUUCGAGAAGAAACCCCUCCCAAGCUGUUCCGAAAGAUUCUAGACAGGGUACCGCGACAAUUAAUCCUCGUACGGGACGUUCAGAACAAGUAUUCGUGGAUAUCGAUGCGGUUUAUCCGGCCGAUAGCAACACCGAGUUCAGUUUCGAAGAGCUCCGCGCCAUUUCACGAGGAUGGUUUCAGAAAUCCUGGAGGGACCGACCACGGCCCUCAUCAAAGCACAUGGAGCCCUUAAAAGAAUCGAUGCGGAAUCUGACUAUUGCAGAGUCACCAGCCCCUAAGUCCACGGAAACGGAAGACAUUGAAAAUCGGAGCCAAUCUCCUCAACAGGAAGAUUUGACCAGUCAAGACGCCACGAAUAUCAGCAUCCAUGAUGUGUCGACCCAAUCAAUGGUGGGAAUGCCGGAACCAACGCAGAAUCCUCAUCCCAGGUCUCAGACCCCGAAGCAGAAAGAAAAGAAACUGAAGGUCAGAGAGGUAAAACAAGAGACCCAAACAGUCAAGACCCGCCUCGAGUCUCCAACAAAGAGCAAGAAGAUGACAAGGAAGAACUCGGCUGCCGCUGAGCCAACCAUGACAUUCCACUCGAAAGCGGCGACGAACGAGAUAUACGAUAUGUUCAACCAACCUCUUCGUAUACAAGACGGAGCAAGAGAUGAUACUCAAAGUGGAGACGAUGGUGACUUCACUGAGGGUGACUUGGAUGAUGGCUAUAGUACUGCGGGUGAUGGUGAGAGCACCGGUACGGGCAGAGCGUCUAUUCAUGGAAGUGAAUAUGGCGACGACACGCUCUCUUCUCUUCAACGCGACAGCCAAUCCCACACUCAGCCUGAAAGUGUGUCACCCUGGUCUGACUUCACUGCCAGCAAGCAUGUGCCUUCUCUUCCGAUAGAUGGUUCCGGAAAGAAGGCGUCCAGAAAACAUCCACGAAGUAAGACUUCUCGCAAACCGCCGCGUUCCAUCAGUGAUGACAUGGCUGAGAGCAUGGAUUCUUCAAGUCAAAAUCCCACGCAAACAUCGGGCUUAGGUGGUUUUGACACUCAGGCUAUUGCCGCCAUCGCCAACGCAGACUUUGAAGACAUGGACACAAAGGCCAUUGCUUUGCUUGCAGGAGACGUUUUUGAGGAUGAAGUUGAGACCGGCCCCACCGAUGAGGUCGCCAACCCACCUGAGACUGCAGGCAUCCCCUCGCAGACUGCCUUGGAAACACAGAAUCAGGGAGAUGACGCUGAUACCUCGUCCUCCAAAGACGCUGUCUUCACACCUGUUGACGAAGAUUUAGCUGAGCGCUAUGAAAUCCAGAACCCGCCGCGAUUUGUUCCCAUCCCACCCGUCGACUAUGACCCAAUGCCGAUGCGUUCAUACCGCGAUCCGAACCUCGUGGCCCAGAACAAGCUCCCUUUCAUGACCCCGAUAGUAGAGAGGACAGAAAGCUCAUUUGCGCCGUCAACAGUUUUCAAUGAUCCAGACUAUUUCGACUCAAAGACACCAAGCCGUUCAGCCCGCGACCUCUAUGACAGCCCGUCCAGGCCUCAUGUCGAAAACUUGCUGCUGAGCAGUCCCGCACAACCGCAUGGCAGCCCUCGAUCUUCAGCUAAGAGACAGAUCAGUCUGAACAAUGCUGGUGCCGAUGAGGAGUUCAAUGGUUCCCCGAGGAAGAAAGGGCCCCUAUUGCGGGCGGCAACUGACGCCGAUUCUGACCUUGAUCUUCAAUCAUCUAGACUCAGUCCAGUGAAGGUAGCGGCCGGCCUCAAGAGCCCAAUAUUGCCAACUGAAACAAAGAAACGUGGUGCUCUCCAACAAACCAAAAUCCACAAAGGGCCAGUGGUGUUGGACUUGCAGUGUAAUCCUUGCGAUGAUGCAGUCCGGCAGCAGAUCCUGUCCACAAUUUACCCGCCGCUGUCCUCCUAUACUGGCUACAAUGACUACUCGGAGCAGAUGAACAGUCAAUACCAGGCGCUGAAGACUUAUGCGGAGAAGACAGCCAAGCAUAAGACCAAAGGAAGUCCAAGAAAGAAUCAGGGUGACAAGACACCUAACAAAGUAGGAGCACCAGUUCUUAGACUUCAGGGUACAGCCCAGGUGUAUGCCGUGAGGCGACAGCUGGGAGAGGGUGCCUUUGCUCCAGUUUAUCUUGUCGAAAGCUGCAACUCAGGCGAGACAGCUGGUGCUGAUGAUGACAAGGAGAAUGUCACCCCGGGCCCUUCUCAACCAUCUGGCCGCGGUGACCUGGAGGCAGUCAAGACUGAAGCACCUCCCGGAACGCUUGUGUGGGAGUUUCACAUCUUGCGUCUUCUGCGGCAACGGCUUGGCCCAGCCUCGCGAACCAUGCAGUCCAUCAUCCUGGCCCACGAAUGCCAUCUGUAUCGCGAUGAAGCCUACCUUGUUCUGUCUUACAGUCCUCAAGGCACACUGCUUGACUUGGUCAACCUGGCUAGGAAUGAGAAUAUCAAAGCGGGAAAGAUUGCUGAAGGACUUGAUGAAGUCCUUGCCAUGUUCUUCAGUAUUGAGCUGCUCAGGACAUUAGAGGAUUUGCAUCGUGUUGGGAUUCUACACGGUGACCUAAAGGGUGACAACUGUCUUGUCAGAUUCGAGCCAAAUGUCGAGAUUGAGGGAGUGUUCGAUGCUGAAGGCAAAGACGGCUGGAGCGCCAAAGGACUGACGUUGAUUGACUUUGGCCGAGGUAUUGAUGUUCGAAUGUUCAAGCCUCAAGCUCAAUUCAUCGCCGAUUGGGCGUCAACUCCUCAAGACUGUGCCGAGAUUCGAGAAUGUCGACCUUGGAAAUACCAGAUCGACUAUCAUGGUGCGGCAGGUGUCAUCCACAGCUUGCUAUUCGGAAAAUACAUUGAAACCGUCCCGGCUGCUGGCGGUGGACUGGGGCAAAAGAAGGAAUGGAAGCUCAAGGACAAUGUCAAACGAUACUGGGAGAAGGACCUGUGGACCGAGCUGUUUACGAUGUUGCUGAAUCCGGGCAUUGCCUCUGGAGAGGAAAUGCCAAUCCAGAACAGCUUGAAGAGUAUCCGGACGAAGCUGGAGAAGUGGCUUCAUGAAGAGGGGGAGCGUGGUGGAAGAGAUCUGAGAGGAAGUCUACGGAAGAUGGAGCGACUGGUUCUUGUCAAAUAA